AUGAUAAGAUAUGUUGAAUGUGAACCAGUAACAGAUGAUGAAGAAUUUCAAGAUGAACAACCAAUUCAAAAAGUUGAACCAAAAGCACCAUCAAGAAAAUUAAAAACUGUUUUCAAACCAGAUUAUGAAAUUGGAUCAUUAUUUACAGGUGGUUCAUUAAGAAUUUCUGAAGAUUCAAAAUUUAUUGUAUCACAAGCCGGUUAUGAAAUUAAAAUUAUUGAUACAGAGCAUGGUACUGUAAUUUCAAAAAUUGAAAGUGAUACAAAAAUAUCAACAUUUGCACUUAGCCCAAAUAAUGAAGAGAUUUUAAUAGGUUGUUCAAAUUUACAAAUAAAACAAUAUAGAAUUGAGGAUCAAUCAUUAGUUAAAAUUUGGAAAGGACAUGAAGGUCCAAUCAAUGAAAUUGAUAUUCAUUCAAGUGGAAAUAUAGUUGCAUCAGCAUCAUCAGAUAAAACCGUUAAAGUUUGGGAUUUAGAAAAAGGUUAUUGUACUCAUAACUUUCAACAUGAUGAUGUUGUAACAAUGUUAAAAUUUCAUCCAACUUUAUUAAAAUUAGUUACUGUUUGUUUAGAUUUAAAUAUUAGAGUUUAUGAUUUAGUUACAAAAGAAUGUGUUAUUUUAACAAAUCAUUUAUCACAAAUUUCAGGUAUUACAUUUUCAAAUAGUGGUAAAGAAUUAAUUUCAUCAGGUAGAGAUAAAGUAUUGAAUGUUUGGGAUAUGCUAUCAAAGAAUCCAAAGAAAACAAUUCCAAUCUAUCAAGAAUUAGGUGGAAUAAUUACAUUACCAAAGGAAUCAUAUAAUUCAUUACCAGAAAAUAGUAAAAUUAAAAUUGAAAAGAUUAGAGAAAAAGUUAAAACAAUGGCAGCACAUGCUGAUAAAAUUAAAAAUGGUGAUGAUAUUACAAUUGUAAUUGGUGGUGAAGAAGUUUUAAGAGCAUGGUGUACAGAAACUGGUGAAUGUAUUUGGAAUGAUCAAAAUAUUGAAUUUAAAAAGAAAACUGAUAAUGAUGAUAAAGAUAAAACUGAUACUUUAUAUACAAUUUCUUCAAUUAUUAAUAAUAAAGAUAAAAUUAUAAGUAUAACAUCGGAACAUAAUUUAUUAAUUUAUAAUGGUAAAACAUUAGAAAGACAAGGUGAGAUUAUUGGAUAUAAUGAUGAAAUUAUUGAUAUUAAAUAUAUUAAUGAUGAUAAUAUUAUUGUUGCAACCAAUUCAAAUGAAAUUAAAACUUAUGAUUUAAAUACAAAGAGAGCACAAGUUUUGAGAGGUCAUGAAGAUUUAGUUAUGUCAGUUGAUGUAAGUGCCGAUGGUAAACAUAUUAUUUCAGGUUCAAGAGAUAAGAGUGCAAUGAUUUGGGAUUUGGAAAAGAAAGAAUCAAUUGCUCAAUUGACAGGUCAUACUGGUGUUAUUUCAUGUGUUGCAUUACCAAAGAAACCUUCAACUUCAAUGUUUGCAAUUACAGCAUCAGAUGAUCGUACAAUUAAAUUAUGGAAAGGUUUUUCAACAACAUCAUCAUCUGGCGGCGAUGACAGCAAGAAAAAAGAUAAAAAAAUUUCAGCAUCAGUUACAAAGAUUGCACAUGAAAAAGAUAUAAAUUCAAUUUCAAUUGCACCAAAUGAUAAAAUCUUUGCAACUGCAUCACAAGAUUCAUAUGUAAAAUUAUGGAAUGUAAAUAAUUUGGAACCAAUUACAUCAAUUAAAGCACAUCGUAGAGGUGUAUGGCAUGUUGAAUUCUCACCAAUUGAUCAAUGCUUUUUAACUUGUUCCGCUGAUGGUACAAUUAAGAUUUGGUCACUUUCAGAUUAUACAUGUUUAAAGACAUUGGAAGGUCAUAAAGGUUCAGUAUUAAAAGCAUCAUUCAUUAGUUUCGGUAUGCAAAUCGUAUCGGUUGCAUCUGAGGGUUUAAUUAAACUUUGGAAUAUUAAAACCAAUGAAUGUUUAAAUACUUUUGAAGGUCAUGAAUCAAAGAUUUGGGCAUUAUCAGUUGCAAAAGAUCAAGAACGUUUCAUUACUGGUGGUUCAGAUUCAAAACUUAUCGCUUGGAAAGAUCAUACUGAAAUCGAAUUGGAAAUUCAAAAGAAGAAAGAAGAGAACCAAGUUUUAUAUAAACAACAUUUAGAUACAGCCAUUAGAAAGAAAGAUUAUUAUAGUGCUUUGAAAUUAGCAUUGGUAUUGGAUCAACCAAGACAAACUUUAAAUAUUUUUAACUCAAUGUACUAUGAUGAUCAAUCCAUUGGUGAAUCUGUUAUUCAAGGUUGUAUUGGUCGUUUAUCACCAAAUGAAGUUGUAAAAUGUUUACGUUUUAUUCGUGAUUGGAAUACAAAUUCAAAGUUUGUUUCAAUCUCUCAAAUCGUUUUAAAUUCAAUUAUCACAUCCUUUAAACCAGAUGAACUUUCAAAAUUAUCUGUUGGUGAAAUGCCAAAACUUUUAGAAUCAAUUAUACCUUACACUGAUAGACAUUUCCAAAGAAUUGAUAAAAUGUUACAAAAAACUUAUCUAAUCGAUUUUACAAUUCAAUCAAUUAAUCCUGCUGCAAGUACUCUCUCAAUGGAUCGUGUUGAAACUUCACAUAUUGAUCAAAAUUAUAAAAAAUCUUUAGAUCAAUUAAUUAAAGAACCAACUAAACCAAUGAAAAAAUCAAUUCAAACUCCAACAAGUCAAAAGAAAAAAGAAAAAAAGAAAACUUUUUUCAAAUCAAAUGCAAAUAAAUAA